AUGUCUUCUGCUUUAGUUAUGGGCGCCACCGGUAUGACCGGGGGCGCUAUCAUUCACCACCUGAUUAAAGAUAGCUCCUAUCAAAAAGUCUUCUCAUUCUCUCGACGCAAUCCUGGUAACCAGCACCCGAAGGUCCAGCAUGUUACCAUGGACCUUCAGAGCUCUGUAGAGGACAUGGCACGCGACCUUAAUGGAGUUUCCGCAGAUGUGAUCUACUUCUGUGCGUAUCUAGUCCCUCAGGACCAGACAGAGCUGUUGCGCGUGAACGUGAAGCUCCUGAGCAACUUCAUUCAAGCCAUCAAAGUAACUGGAGCCGACAAAAAGCUCAAGCGCUUUAUCCUCACCUGUGGCUUCAAGCAGUACGGCGUUCACUUUGGACAGGCCAAACAGCCUUUCCUGGAAGACGAUCCUUUGCUGGAGAACAUAGAAGGCGCCAAUUUGCCUCCGAUCUUCUACUACGAGCAACAGAGGGUACUGAUUGAAGCCGCGGCCAAAGGCGGCUGGGAAUGGAUUGUCACGCUGCCCGAGGACGUGCUCGGGUAUGCGCGGGGAAACUUCAUGAACGAAGCCACCUCCAUUGGGCUCUACUGCGCCGUGAGCAAAGCUUUGCCAGGAUCUGAGCUACCAUUCCCAGGUAGUAAGGCCAAUUACUUCACAUUCAAUUGCUGGACAUCGGCAAACCUACACGCCAAAUUCUGCCUCUGGGCCGCGAGGGCCCCCGGCGCGGGCAAUAACAUCUUCAACGUGAUGAACGGCGACACGGAAUCAUUUCAGAAUCUGUGGCCUCGUCUGGCUGCUCGAUUCGGAUGCAAGAUUCCGGAUCCGAUGUUCCCUAAUGGUGGCGUGCCGAAUACCAAGGGGUACCAGAGCUACGAGUCGUUGACGAUCCCAAUGCAAAAUAGGCCGCCUCUUCAGGCGAGCGCAUCGUCCCUGGUGGAUGUUGAGAAGUGGGCACGUCGAGCUGACGUAAAUCAAGCCUGGGCUGGCCUGAGAGAUAAGUACCAUCUUGACCAACAGGCCUGGAACAAAGCAACCUGGGAUUUCCUUGUGCUGACCAUGGGCCGGGACUGGAGCUGCGUGGCAAGUAUGAGCAAAGCUCGUAAGCUGGGAUGGACAGGGUAUGCAGAUACAUGGGAGGAGCUGGAAGAAACCUUCCGAGCACUGGAAGAAGGAGGGGUGCUACCGCCGGCGGAUCAACUGCGUCGGGACUUUUAA